UCUCCGGGCAAAGCUUCGUCGCCGAUGUCGUCUCGCAACUUCCCUCCGUCGUUCUGGAACAGUAAUUACCAGGUUCCGUCGACGUCGUCAGCUUCCUCCUCGCGCCCCCCGAGCCUGGCUGGGCAUCUGACGGGGGCGUCGGCGGCAGAUUUGUACGACCCUUACCACAGCGGCCUCCACUCGCUCCAGGCACCCGCGCCAGAUCCGUGGGCGGCCUACUCUUUAUCCUCGCAGGCUUAUGGGCACCGCAGCGUGGCUCAUGAUGUCUAUCAAGCUGCCAUGUCAUCCGUUCCUUCGUCGUCGAGGCCCUACCAUCAGUAUUCUUCGCUCUCCUUCCAGCCGCAUUUAGCCAGGUUGCCCGGGGUAUCGGCCGUCACUUCACAGAUGCCUAUGGCGAAACCUGACAGUUGGGGCGCCCGCUACCACGAAGCCUUCAGUAAUCCGGAACUGGCGCAUGGCCUCGACACCAAUUAUUCGGCACCUCACUACCCGAACGUCCCAGGACUAGAGACCGGAGUUCCCCAGGAAGGUGCCAAGGAUCUCUACUGGUUCUAGACGAAGGCGCAGACGAAGACGAAGCUCCUCCGCGUCUCCUGCGACGUUGCUGUGUGGCGAGGAAGGUCAAAGGUCGUCUACGCUGACCCAUUCGUCAGUGGGAAGAGCCUGCUGAGUAUUAAUCCAUGUGCCAAGUGAACGAGACAGCUGGGCGUGCGAGACAGUGUGUUUGCCUGACGAAAAUACAGUCGAUCUCGCAGACUAUCGACUAUUGUUAUAGUGUCCAUUAUAUCCUCUGAUAAAUAGGAUUACGAAAGAUAAUGAUGAUACUAAAAAUAGAAAUCACUGAUACGUGUAUUGACAAACAUACUCUGUGAACAAUGUGAUGAAGCAGAGAGUAUAAUCGAUGUCAAUAUAAACAAGGAGGUCGCGUGUGCACAGCGCUGUCGAAAUAGAGACACAAUCACACAACGAAGGUGCUAAUAUGGUGUCAAAAAUAUACAAAAAUAUCACGACAAGUAGACUAUAUAUUUUUGUUGAUCACACACACAAAAAAAAGAAGACAAAUGUACAAACUGGAGUUUUUAUUUCACAUCGCUAAUGCUUUAAUCUAUUUUGUUAGGUUAACUGUACAGUUUGUUGUCAGCUGCGGUAUUCAUAGGAGUACUUUUUAGUUAUGCUGUACAGUCUGUUCUCAGUUGCAGUAUCUAUAGUUGUACAUUUAGUUGUGCUGUUUUGCUACUUUCAUGUGGUCAUGAGGAGGAGAUUCCCAAACGAAAACCAAAUUACAUGUCGUAUGCCAAGGGAUUUUUAUUUUUAUUAUUAUCAUUGUUAUUAUUAUUAUUAUUAUUGUUUCUUUCUUCCUGCUUCUUAUUUUCGUUUUUUUCUCGCUUGAACUGUCUCUUUUUCUUUGUUUUCUUUUGGUUCUUUUUUUUUAUUAUCUUUUCAUUAUAUUUUUUGUUUUAUGAUCAGGGUAAACCAUCAGGUGAAUUAAUAGAAAAUACAAUGAAUUUACGUAAUUAAACAGAUUGGCUUUAAUGAUAAAUAAUCACACACACACACACACACACACACGCACACACACACACACACGCACACGCACACACACACACACAGACACACACACACACACACACACACACACACACACACACACACACACACACACACACACACACACACACACACACACACACACAAAUACACACAAAUACACACACACAUACAUAUAUACGAUGAAAACACAAUACAAAAAUAAAUAGUACCAUGAACAUACCCGAAAUGCAAAACAAAACAAAAAACAAUUCAGUCCCUUUCUGGCUCGUUGAUAACAGGCGGAAUCUCCUUCCAUGACUCAUUAAUCUUCAUCAAUUUAAUUUAAUUACGUAGUAGUUUAUGCAACCAAGGACUAUUGACAUAUCAUUUACUAAUUCUGUGGGAAACAAGAGAACUGAUAACGUUUGUAUGUACAUAUGUAGGCUGUUAUCAUAUAUCUGGGGAAUUCUUCUUGUAAACUAAUAUUUAUUGACAUUUUAACACUUCAUUCUUUUUAAGUUAUUUAUUAUGUUAUUUUAAGGUACGUGAAUUCCUAGGGUAUAUGAAUAUCUGUAAUGAUGGAUGUAUAAAGUGUUUUCUUUGACCGGAAUAUCUAUGCAGGAAUGAUAUUCGUUAUAUAUACUACAAAAAAACAAUGUUGUAUGUUGAUGACAAACCAAAUAAAAACCUGUGUUUUGUUUGGGGUCGAGAGGGUAGGGUUACACUGCCCUCCCCCACCCCACCCCCUCCGAAUGCACUCCCAAAAGGGUAAAUUUUUUCCCCAGUGUGUAACCAAGGUACUUCAUUCAUUGCCUCUCGCCUUGGAAUUCAUCAAGUGGCGAAUAAAAAAAGAAGGGCGUAUUUGUGGGCAAAGUUCACAACGUAAGAACAGGUCAGCGGGUCCUGGCUGUUCAGAGUUCAAAGGUACUGUAUUCAAGGUGUAUAGAUUGAGAACGUACCCCCUUUUAUUUACUUAUUUUUAAAAAAUAAUUUGUAUGUUUUUGUUAGAGGUGGUUUGUAGAUUCGGGUUCCUGUUUACAGAUUAUUCUUAAUCAAUUUAUUACGAUCAAUGCAAACAAAGAUAUAUAAUGUUUAAAAUAGUCCUCAUUCUUUCGGUCAAAACACUAAUUGGAUUCAAACAAUGAUACUUCUGUCGUUACUUUUUAAACAAAGAUAAUACACAACUACAAAGUAAUAUUGAAGAUAAAGAGCGUGAUAAGAUAUAUUGUAAUAAUGUUUUUAUAAUAAUGUUAUGUAUAUGCUCAUCUUUUGCAAAUGGAGGCUUGUUUGAAGUAUGUGGUUACUGAAGACAUCACACUGGUGGGUAUGAUAAGUAGUUAUGGGUCUUGCAAUGAAUGAAGACAUCACAUUGAUGGCUUUUAGAUCAUUGCAAGCGUUGCAGAAGUGGAUCUGUGCAGAGUGAGGGUACGGUGUUUAAGCGUUCUGAUGACGUCACGGUUGUUGCAUGUCCGUCUCAGG